UUUUUCUUUAUGAUUUUCCGGGUCCUGUCUUCCCGCCCCAUCCUUCGCAUCUUCACUUCCGGGUCCCAUGGCCGCGCAGGCGCGGUGGAACUAAGCGGGAGCACCGACGACGGGAGAGGGCCUUAGGACCAUCAGUUCGGCUGCCGAGCUAAGAUGGCGGCUGAGGGGCCUGAGGCGCCAGCCAGCCCCACUCGCGGCGAUAACGAAGGCUGUGAGGGAAGCCUGGGGGCCGAAGUCGAGGCAGCUGUAGGCCCUGACCAAGACGUGAUUCCCAAGCCAACAAGCAACGGUGCCCCAAAGCCAGAUGAGACAACACCGGUGCAGGGCUGCAACGGAGUCAACAUGGAAGCCAGCACUCCAGCGCCAAAACCUGAAAUUGCCAAGGAAGAAGCCCCUCAGCCUCCUGCUCCUGAUGUGGUGAUGCAUGUGGCACUUAACCCUCCCAUAGAAGAGGUCUCUAUUACGUACCCUCUGGAGUUUGAGCGGUACUGGCGAGCCGCUCAAGAGAACCCGCUCGACUUCACUGCAUGGACUGACUUGCUUCAAUAUGUGGAGCAAGAGAAUCACAUCUAUGCAGCCCGCAAAGCCUUUGACAGCUUCUUCCUACGUUACCCUUACUGCUAUGGCUACUGGAAGAAGUAUGCAGACAUGGAGCGUCGCUUUGAUUUCAUCAAAGAGACAGAGGAGGUUUUCCAGCGAGGGCUGCAGUCUAUCCCACUCAGCAUGGACUUGUGGAUCCAUUACAUCUCCUUCCUGCAGUCUUCCUUGGAUAUGAACAUCCCAGACUCAGUGCAGAAGAUCCGUGGCACAUUUGAAUCUGCUAUAGCUGCUGCAGGAGUGGAUUUCCGUUCAGAUAAACUCUGGGAGAUGUACGUGGAAUGGGAGCGAGAGCAGGGUAGCCUGAAAGCCAUCACAGCAAUUUAUGAUCGAGUGCUUACCAUGCCAACUCAGAUGUACAGCCACCACUGGGAAAAGUUCAAGGAACAUGUUACCAGCCACCACCCCCAGGACAUCCUGUCCACUGAGGAGCUGCUGUGGCUGCAGUCAAAGAUGGUCUCUGAUACAGUGGCCAAGACCACGGAAGCAGAGGCAGAGGAGGCUCCUCCUGGGGAAGACAUGCCAUUGAAGGCAGAAGCCAUGCAUGAGACUGGAGCUGGCGACGGGAGUCGAAUAUUGGGCCAUAUGGACCAGGACAAGAUCCGGGAACUCGCAAUUUCUAUCCGCCAGCAGAUCCACUCCCAGAACGAAGCAGAAGUCAGCAAGCGUUGGAAUUUUGAGGAAGGGAUUAAGAGACCCUACUUCCACGUAAAACCACUGGAGCGAGCACAGCUGAGGAACUGGCGGGACUAUCUGGAUUUUGAGAUAGCCAGCGGCUCACACGAACGCACCAUUGUGCUCUUUGAACGCUGUGUCAUUGCCUGUGCCCUCUAUGAGGAGUUCUGGAUCAAGUAUACGAGGUACCUCGAGAACCACAGCAUGGCCGGGGCCAGAAGUGUCUUCCAGCGAGCUUGCUGUUACCACCUUCCGCGUAAGCCCAACAUCCACCUCCUGUGGGCAGCGUUUGAAGAGAGACAAGGAGAAGUGGAGGAAGCCCGGCGCAUCUUGAAGUCAUUUGAGGAUUGUGUCCCUGGCCUUGCCAUGGUGCGCUUGCGGCGAGUGAGCUUGGAGCGCCGGCAGGGAAACAUGGAGGGGGCAGAAGCACUCUUGAUGGAAGCCAUCCGGGACAACGAGGGGAUGCCCGUGUCGUCAUUCUACUCCGUCAAACUCGCUCGUCAGGUGUUGAAAGUGCAGAAGAACUUGAUCAAAGCUCGAAAGAUCCUCUUGGAGGCAUUGGAGAAAGAUCCGGAUAAUGCCAAACUUUAUGCCAAUCUGUUGGAGAUGGAGUUCAGUGCUGAUGUCCGGCAGAAUGAGGGCAACACCAUGAGCAGCUUUGACCGAGCCCUGACCAGUGGCCUCCCUCUGGAGACAAAAAUAAUUUUCUCCCAGCGCAGAGUAGAGUUUCUUGAGGACUUUGGGUCCAGCAUAAACAGCUUGUUGACAUCAUAUGAUGAGCACCAGAAGCUCCUGAACCAACAAAUGAUGAGGAAGAGACUCCUGGAAAAUGGUUCUGAGGAAGCAGAUGAAAAGCGAAUGAGACUUGAAGAGACUGCUGUAGGAGGCAAUCUUGCAGUUGCUCCAACAACAGGCAUCACACCCUUGAUGGCGACAGAUGUGAGCAACAGUGGAACUGGAGCUUACAACUACAACACUUGGUACCAGAACUACAGUGGCUAUGGGUACCAGAACACGUGGAACUACAAUCAGUAUUACCAGCAGAGCUGAAAGGGACUGGAGUGAGAGGCCAGCAGUGAGAAUGACAAGCAGCUGCAGCUAUUCUUGUUUAAUCCCCAAGUAGAAGCAAAAUGAUGAAAUCUGGCUAUGACCUGUAGCCUUUCCUCUGGCAGCUGAGUAGAGAUAAUUCAGAACUGCUCUCAUCUACAAACUGACUUUCCUCCUUCCCCCACAUUGGUGUAACAGGCCGCCCACUGUUAUCAUCAGCCUCAAGGAAACACAUUGCCAGUGGAUCAAGAGUGGAGGCUUGAAUCGACUCACCCCAUAUAAACUGGAGGCUGCCUCAACUCACCAGAGACAGACCUUUUAGGACUGUAAUAUAAAACUCACAUUUGACCAUGGACUACGUCUGCCACAGAAUAUUGUUAGUGGGACUUGUGUUGGAAAAAAAAGUAAUCUAAACAGAAUUGCCUCCCUUUUUUUGUAAACUUCCUUCCCUACCUUUGUACAUUUCAUGUGUGGUGACUGUAAAUAAACAGGAAUGGAUCAUAA